AUGGAGGUUCUCAUGCGACCCCCAAACGCUCCAUCUUCUCGCCUUUUUGCUCACCAGUCUCCGUCGCCCGCCACUGGGGACCCCGUAGCCAAACAUUCGCGGGAUGAAUCCCAAAAAAGACACGUUUUUGAUAUGAUCACCUCUGAACUCAUGAAGAUUGGCGCAAUUCCACUCUCUCGGUUCACGACGGAGGACAAUCCCCAGGAGCAGCCUUACGACGACGAAGAGACAAAGAUGAAAAUCGACAAUCUCGACGAAAGGAAUGUCCCCAACGGGAAACAAGAGCAGCAGGCCGUGGCGAAAAUCUACGAAGCCUGCAUGCGCACUUUUGAGAGCAGCGACGCAAUAAGCUUUGAUUUUACUCACGAGGGUGAUAUUCAUUCCAAAGCUCUUCAAUGCAUUUUGACUAUCACUCGACCUGACGGCCACAAACGCUCCUAUACGUCCGGCGCAUUUUCUUCCAUUACAAAAGAUGAAGCAAAGGCUCUCGUUGCUUCAAGUGCGCUCAACAUGGGGGUGAUCGACUUUAUUAAGUAUGGCGAUAUUACAUUGAAAGGCAAAAUCAUCAACAAUCCAAAAUUGACACAGGAUGCUGCAGACACUCAGCUACGACUUCGCGCGGAAGAUGGUAAAGGUAUCUCGUUCUCAGACCAGAGAGAGACUACCAUCGACGAUCCAAACGUCAAGGCAAUUUCAGACUGCUGUAUCGAAUGGCGUGCGGGGAAGGUCAAGCCAGUAUAUGUACACUUUUCAGAACCAACGGUUUUAACGAAACCGACUGGAAAGAAGAGGCAAACGCUCGGACCGACAGACGAAGAGCUUCUCGCUCUCAAACAAGGCUGUGCUCUGCGCAUCUCUAUCACCCAGCACACGAGUCGCGUUUACUCUGUCCAUCACAUCUACCGCACUCGAGCAGAAGCAAAAGCUGCUGUCGCUGCAAUGGCUAUUGCACAGGGAGUCCUUGAUUUCAUCAAGUUUGCGAAUGGCCAAACCUCGCCUACUGUCGUGAUCCGUGAACUUGAAGGGGAUGGCGCAAACGAGGAACUCAAUCGAGAAAUCAUUGCCGAGACAAGCAAGGUCGAAAAGGAUAUUGAAAUUGAAGCGUCUGCCGUCAACGUGACCCUCAAAAAGCACCAAAUCCCUCUCGACGUGAUGACUCUCUCAGCAUUUGCAAACGCUUUGCCGAAACCGUUUCCAGAGACACCAGGAUUAAAGCCCGUCGGGGAUGAAAACCCCGUGGGAUGGCUCAACGCCGCUGUUCAGAGCGCUCGUGGAAGUAAGAUGACCAUUACAUGGACCUAUCUCUCCAACGCAAAACUCUCUAUGCACGGGUGUCUUGUUCGGCUCAACCUUCCUCGUCGCGAACACAGUCGUUCGUACCUCGUUGAACCUCAGUUUACCAAACGAGGCGACGCCAAAGCCGCCGUUGCAUUGCUCGCCAUCUCUCAAAAUAUCGGUGGAUGGAUCCACGAGGCUACUACCUCUGUGGAGAACCUCCUCACGCCCGAAAUGCGCACCAAAGCGGCCACUCUUAUUGCUCCGCUCUAUCACGAGUGCACUAAGGCUGGUAUCCCAAAGCAACCUAUAUAUGAGUACGCAUACGAAGACGGAGCCGUGGGUUGCACCCUUCGAGUCAAGUUUAGUCCAACAUUGUCAAAAGCAUACACCGUUCCAAUACAGUAUCGCACCAAGCCAGACGCCCGGUUCGCAGUCAUUUUGCAAGCUCGUCACGAAGGCGUUCUCGAAUUUAUCCGCUUCAAAGGCCAAGAUCCUCCACCUGGAUACAAUCCAGACGUGCCCUUUGAUUACAAGAUGGCGAAAAAGGUUGAAGAGGCGCAAAAGCGGGGGGAGGACCAGCUCAUGGCAAAAGAGAUCCCAGCUGCAGACGAAAUGGCCGUACAGCCAGAGACCAUUCCAGGAGGACAUAUUCCUGGUCGGGGUCGCGGGAACCGGCGUCGAACGAAAGCUAUGAUGCGACCAAGACCCGAAGGUGGUCCGCAAAAGGCCUGGAUGCGCGACCAGACCGUGCAUGAAAGACAUGAUCCGUCGCAAGCCCGCAUUUCACAAUCUUCGUCUAGUGAGAGUCCAGCACAAUCACAUGCGUUUGGUGUGAGGCCUCCACCGGAAUCGAUGGAGGAAGGCGAGGUCGAAAUGGCAGAUGCCUUUUACGAUUAUGGGCAGCCCUGGUAUGACGGCGCACAUGAAGGUCUUUCGUCCUCAUUUCCCUACCCGGCGUUUGCUCCACCACCUUCGGUCCAUGUCGACAUGUCUCAGCAUUACCCUGCUCACAGCUUGCCAAGAGGCCCUUUCGGGACAUCUGGGCCGUUUCCGUACCAUGCCGGCCAUAAUACAAAUACAACCGCGAGAAUGGCCUUUGAUUUCGACUGGUCACAGCCUAAUGUAGCUUACCAUCCUCCCUUUCCGGCUGGUUCUUCUCUGCCUACCCUCGUCAACCCAGAAUUUUUCUAUGCACAAGGGAGUCACCGUGCCGAAGCCGAUUGUCCCGAUAGCGCCGCAUAUAUAAAGGCAGGGAUGUCGAGACCCCGAGUAGACCCCAAGCAGCCUACUCGAGGUCGGACAAGCAACUUGCAAGGCCUAAAAACCGACAAACAGGGUGUUGAAGAGACAGCUUCUCACUACCCGCCCCAUGGGCGUCAACAUGCCAUCCCCAAGAGAGCAAACGAGGUGCCUAGUAGGUCCGUUGGGGCGGAUCACUCAGCGAUCCAUGACGGUGAAGCACUAGCCACUGUUGGGAGGUCGUCUAGUAAUAGAAGUGGGCCAUCUCAACUGACCUCGCGCACCAAACGUGUAGAAGACAAUUCGACUGGUUCGGCGUUCGACAAGGCUACCGCUACAAGCAAUUCGGAGCCUAGUAAAAAAGGUGUCAGGUCCCCUCCUUCUGGGUCCUCGGUGGAGCCUGGCAGAUAUGAGGUUGAACUGCAAGCCCAAAACCGGGUUACUCAGCGCCUAAAAUUGCCUGUUGAGCUGUGGAGUAUGAUAUUCGAGUGCUAUGUGAUGCUUGAUUGCCCAGUGUGCGUCCUGCUACUCGUCUGUCGAGAUUGGAACCGUAUCUGCCACGAUACACCGAGGAUCUGGAGGAGAAUCCUCCUUUCGGCGGAUACCACACCAAAUUCUCUACGUGCUGGUAGCGUCCAUACUUGCACAUCCAAAAAGGCCGUCAACGACACGCUCAAGUACGCUGGCGCCAGUUUACUCGAAGUCACACUCGUCGUGGGCCCAAAUGACGAGAAUGCGCCCACCCCAGAGGCCAGAAGUGAAUUCUUCCACCUGGUCAAACCCCACCUCCCAAAGGUCACGUUCUUGUGUGGUAUCGUUAACCCUCGCAUGACACUUGACCUAGUCAAGCGUUCCCUCGCUGGGGUUUUCGAUGAAGGCAAUCUAAAGAGCCUUGAAUCGCUUAUGAUCGCAUCAGCCUACCCAAUUGGUUCGCUUUACGAGCCGCUAAAGGAGAUGAUCGACGCGAUUGACAACUCGUCUGAAAAACUCCGAAGCGUCUAUCUGGAGAACGUUAAUCGAGACUUUCUCGUUAGCGUUUCGGAGCGAACCUUCUGGACUCGUCUGGUCCGUAUCACCGUUCGCCACGAGUUUGAUGCCAUUGACGCCACUUGCUUUGCCGGGUGUACGGCAUUGGAGUUUUUGUCAUACUCUGGUGAACUCGCCUACGCCGAAACAAACUUUAAGCGCAAAGUCGAAUAUCCAACGCUUAAAUGGCUCAAAGUCGGCCUUAUCACUAUGAACGCCCUCAGUAUGCUCAAGCUUCCCGUUCUCCACACUUUGGUCAUCGAUAGCGUUCGAAACGAAUACCCAGACGCACCCCCUCCUCCACACUCAAUCGUCCUUCCGCAGCUCAAGGUCUUCCACCUGCUCACAGUAAUGCCGACCGCGGCAGCGAUCCGGGCCCCGAAGCUCGAGACAUUCCACCUGAGCAUUCAAACCGUGAAACAAACCGAUGCCGACAACGUCCUUCGCGCAAUCUUCGACGGCUCAGAGGGCAUGCUUCAACCAAAGCAUCUAUCCAUCUCAGCACCAGCGCACGACAAACACCUUCUCAACGUGCUCAAAUUACAACCAAACUUGAUCUCACUCUCCCUCGACCAACAAGCCCAAUACAGCAAAUCCUUCUUUCGCGAGCUCACACCGUCGACCCGACACUCCCGUUCGUUCUUUGGCGCAGGGAGCAUCAAGCCGGCUAAACCGGUGCUCAUGCCGAAACUGAGAAGCCUGACGAUGGAUAUGCAACGGAUUAGCGCGGCUCCAGGCAUGAUGCAGCUUGUUCCAGAUGGGAACAAGAGUCUGAUCCGGACGCUGAUCAAGCAACGUAAAGAAGCGACCACAUGCGAGGCGUUGCUUCGAGUCGCGUGCCGAUGGAAACCCAAUGAGCCAAGCGAAGAGUUCAUCCACCCUACUAUGUGUCUGACGUGCAUCGAGGCGCACAUUCAAACCGAGGGUCACAAUACCCAGGCGGAGUAA